AUGGCGCUACCCACGCGCGAUGAACUCCUGGCACAGCUCGAGCCACAUCCUGCCGCACCUGGCUCGACUUCCGUUUCGGACGAGUGUCCUAUCUGCUACGAGAGCGUAGAGCACGAAGGCUCGAGGACCUAUUCCAGGCUGCGCAAAUACAACAACCAAUCGCCCAGAUGCGGGCCCGCCCGGGUGAAGAGCAACGUCGUUUAUCUGGAGAAGAACGCCGCAACGCUGAAGAGGAACGCCGCAUGGCUCAAGAGGAACGCCGCGACCUUGUUGACGGCCGAGCACUGGGAGAAGAAGCAUGAUUUGUUCAAUCGGGUCUUACAGUAUGUGCCACUUUGA